GUAUAUCCCUAGUAUUGUAAAUUCUAAAUCUCUCUAUGUGUAAUGAUAAUAAUAAUACGUGAAAGCCUCAAUGAUUCUGUCAGCGAAGUACAAAAUGUAGAAAAUGUAUUUGAAUUGUUUAAAAAGUCUAAUAUAAGCUACGUCAAUAUGGAUAACAGAGUUUAUUCAUCGAUACGACGUGAAAUGACACGGGAUGAGUGUAGAAAAUGUUUACGCUAUCUAGAAUUAGAUGCUUAUGGGAAUAUGGUAUCGGUCUUACGUGCUCAAGGAAUUUUAACUAGUAGCAAACAAAGAUUACUGCAAGAACUUGCUAAAAUUCUUCAUAUAUCUAACGAAAGACAUCGUGCUGAAGUACGUAGAGCUGUUAAUGAUGAGAAACUCACAAUGAUAGCCGAGCAGUUAAACGGACCAAAUACUGCUAUAGAUUGGAUCAUGGAAGGCCGUCGUUCAACUCCACUUUUACCUAGAUUGAAAGCACGAAAUGCUUUUACAAUGUUAGCAAACAGUCUAUCAUUUGCAACCACGCAUGCGAAUGACAAUAAUCCAGUCGAAGAAAACAAGGAGGAAGAUAAAGAUAUACUAGAUGAAUCCAAGGUAUGUUUGAAAAUUGAAAAAAUAUCAUCAAUUGAAGCAGGAUCAUGUAAUGCUCAAGCAACCGUCAACUGUAGAAAAAGAUCUAUACACGAUACAAAUAAGGUACUAAAUAUUGAUAAGGAUCAAGAAAAAAGGCCUAUAAAAAUUAAAUACCAAGAUAUUCAACAAGUUAACUCUACCAAACAAGAUAUUUCUUCGUUUUCACCACCACACAAUAAGGUAUUGGUGUUAUCUUCUAAUUCAUUGGACACAUUGAAUCAUGCUAAUGAGAAUGAAACAUUACUCGAAGCUGAAAUGGAGCAAAGCGAAACAACGAUUUCACAGCACCAAGGUGUUACUCUUAUCCCACUCUCUGUGAUGUGUGCAGGAUCUAGUCUAAUAGCACCUUCGAAGGAUGUACUGUCAGAGAGUACAAAUACUUUGGUACCCGUUCAUUCAACCAUUAAUUGUAAUACAAAAGUUACUACUUGUGCAACUAAUUCCACCAAGAAUAAAGAUAAAACAACAGUACAAAAUAAGAUUAAUACAAGAUUACCAGUAAAUACUGGAACAUUAGAUAGUUUAUCACACAUCAGAAAUAGUGACACACAAUCGGAAAAUCAAGAUAUACAAUUAGCACCAACUUCAAAAUCAGAGGUAGCAAAUUUAAAUCCUUGUGUUAAAAAUUUACCAACGACAGUGCAAGCUAACGUGAAAACUGUUUCAUCUAUUAAAUCUGCUAUAUCAACUUGUGCACGAUUUACAGCUCCUGGAACUAUGGUAUCAAGCGGUCCUGGCCCACCUAGUGUUAAAUCUGUGGUAACAACUUUAGCAUGUAAAAAAUUGCCAGUUGCGAUUAUCAAUCAAUCUACUGCUAAAAUGCGUGUGACAUUAAAUUCUGAUAAAACUGUAAAUAUAACUAAUCAUCCUAAUAAAAAAUUAACAACUAAGACUAAUGUAAUAGUAAUACAAAAAGGAAGUAACAAAGGCAUAAUGCUGUCUCAUGCAGGCAAGGAAGUAUUAGGUAAAGUAAUAAUGGGAGGAAAGAAAUUAUCGGUAUCAAAUCAACAAAAUUCAAGUACGGUUAACAUUUUACCACAUCCUAUUAAUUUAGAUAAUUGCAAUCAAACAUCAACAAUGCUAACAGCUACGCAUGUGGAAACUAUGAAAACAAAUAUAAAGGAAAGAGAUAACAAUGAAGUGCAUUUAAAAGAUACUGGAUCUUCUUUCAAAAUUAACAGUUCAGUUAAUGCAUUAGAGGAAACAGUAUGUAGAAAAUCUAAAGAAGUCUGCAAAGAAGUUAAUUCUCAAGUAGUAAAUAUUACGAAUCUUAAAAAACUUAAAAGAAAUGAAGAAGACCGUACAUAUUUUAAACCAUUUACUCAAGAUAAUUCUCCAAAUAAUCUACAGAGGGAAGAUUCUCUUUGCAGUAUGGAAAUGAAUGCAAAUAUAUUUGAAAAUGGAUUUCAAUCGACUGACAUUAACUUAGAAAAUUUUGAGUGCCUGGUGGAAAAUGGUGAUCAUAUCCCGGAAAAUAAAAACAAUUCGAUAUCUAUUACCUAUAAAAAAAACCCGAGUGAUUCGUAGUAGCAAAUUAAUCUCGAAAAUACAUUUUUUCAAUGCUAUAAUACAAAAAAGGCUCAUGUGAUGAUUUAUAGUUUCGAGAACAUACA